AUGGAGGCGACGGGGAUCUACCCGAACUCUGUGCCUUUACUGGCCGCCACAGGACUCGGUGUCGCUGUAGCAGGAAACGAUCCAGACCACGUCCCUUUUGAACCGACGCUGAUCAAUGAUCACCGCAGACGGUUCGCUGUGGACGGCAGCGCAGUAGACGCGCGUGGCGUCAUGCGGCUCCAUGUCCGCAAUGCAUUGGGCUACGCCUUUCUACGCCCGUACCACGUCAACCGACUACGUCGAGCUUAUGUAGGAAAACGUAUCACGAAAGAGUCCGAAUGGGCCGCCCAAGCUUCGUUUUACCGUCAUAACUAUCGCCACUUUGUGCCGCACGAUCUGAUGAUGGAGUUCUUGGCGAAAGAGUGUCCUCGACAGGAGGAUGGCGAAACGCUGUCCAAGUGGCAGGGCAAUGCCAUUGCAGGAGUUGAUUGUGGACCGGACGGUCACGUGGUGUUUUACCCUACAGGACAGGUGAUGCAACAAGCUUGUGCCUUCUAUAGUCACGGUAAGUCGGAAGAAGACUUGCCGUGCUCUAGCACAGUGAUCGAGACGGGUGCUGCAAUUCGGCAGUUUUCUGUGAUGGGAAGCAAAGACGCGUAUCAUACACCUAGUGCUGCAAAACUAUAUGCGGCUGCUCGUGGGUGCACAAACUGCACAAUCGUUGCUGCGCCCGCACGUGCUACACCGGACAACAUGCGUAAGAUGCAGGCAAAGGCAAAACUGUCGUUCCACGAGGUAAUAACCCACGUCGCUGGAAGCCCGCACGCAGAGGCUGAAGUGGCGUUGAUUACAGCGGACGGAAUCCUUCGAUGUUGGGACCCUGAAGGGGGGAUCCAAACGGUCAACACAAGCGCUACUACGCGAGACCGCUUGUUGCGCUGUGAAUAUUCUAGCCACCCUCGCGUUCUUUGGGCAGUAAACAGAGUUUCAGUCUCUACCGUAGAUCUUCGACAACCCGCACAGCACACGAGCAAGUUGUUUGAUGUAGAAAGCGCAGGUCCCUACGUGACUAUUUAUGACAUAAAGCGUAGAGCGAGCAACCCGUUCCAGUUUGUCGUUGGCACAGGUGUCUCCAUUGAGCUCUUGGAUAGUCGUAUAGCAAGACAACCCCUUAUCACGUGGGCUCAACCCGAGAGCUACUCGGGCGAGUCCGAGUUUUCAUUUGGAGCAAUUGACGAAGUGGACAUGUCGAGAAGUGCUGACGACUUACGCGGCUACAUCAUAUCGAGCUUGAAGCGGGCAAAGGUAACGACGCUCUUCUCUUUCGAGCGCAACCGAAAACGAAGACAUGAUAAGAUGUUGCUGCUGACGUCGCUGCGCUCCAACAACGAUGAGGGGUACCCCACGUCUCUACGUACGAGCACAGAGCAGCUUAUUGCCUCUGACGCAACGUUGGAUUUGCGUAUGGAAGAUGGCGGGGAAAACACCAAUUUGACAGGUGUUUGCGCGCUGCGGGAUGAAGGCUCGGCAUCCGCAAGUGUUUAUCAGCUUAACAGUCUGGGCGAUUUGUUUUCCCACCGGGUGUCGUUCGGCCGUUCUCCCACGAAGUCGUAUCAUGCUGCUAUUCAGUCCGGUUUGCCAAGUGGUGUAGCUGCACAGGGUGACAGCAUGGUCGAGUCGGUUGCUAAGAUACUUCCGAUACCGUCGGAUGCUAUACUACCGGAACACGAUACUGAGUCAAUGCAAAAGUUUAUCACUCUUCCGAUCAAAGUACUUCGUCGACAGUUUCCGCGCCUGUCAGCAAAUAGAGACACGUUCGUCCAUGUUCAAGACACGAAAGCAACGGCUUUAGACGACUGUACAAGCAAGGAGAGCAGGAAAGAAGACAGCAGCAAAGCAGGAGCCGUGGAUAUCAGGAGAUCUCGUCGACAAAGGUAUAACGAGACUGGCAAUGGAGAAUCUGCGCAAGCCGAUGCACGAUCAGCAAAGAGAGUGCAUAUCGAUAGGUCCCACGGGAUCGGGGAAGGCAAGGUUGAUGCGAUAGCAUUAAAGGCGAAAGCGUCGCGAUCGUUUGACAAGGACGAACUUGUCAAGCGACUCGCUGUCGUCUGUAACCUGUCGGCUUCGCUGUUUCGGCUGCAUCGUUACAUUCUCGACGAACUGAAGAUCGAGAUAUCUUCGAUUGAGCUUUUGCAGCUGAUCCGUUCAAGCAGCGAGUUUCGACUUCGAGUAGUGCACCACGCGCUUCCAGCAGACACGUUUCGUGUGCGCAAUCCAUCACGACCAGGAACUGACGACGUGCACUGGAAAAAGGACGAUCCGCGUUUGGCUGCAUGCGUAUGUCAUCCAGGGUCGGCACGCUCGCAAUUGCCAUGCGAAUCAUGGGCUUGCGUUGUCCCUCACGCAGUGAUCGUGUCGCGCUCUUCAAUGGAGCUGCACCUGGACAACACAGCCUCUUCGUCGAGCCAUAGACAGGAAAUGCCGGUAGAUUUGGCUGACAUCAUUGUUGCAGCACAGGCCGUGUACGACGACAUGUGUGAACGUCUUUGA